UGUGCUGGUGUUAUAGUUGGUCAUCCUUUCGACACCAUAAAGGUCCGCUUACAGACCCAAGAUGGUUCAUCUCCUAAGUACAGAGGGAGCAUCGACUGCUUCAAAAGCAUCAUACGCACAGAAAAGGUACAAGGCCUGUUCCGCGGCAUGACGUCGCCUAUGGCCGGGGUGGCCGUGGUGAACGCGAUAGUGUUCGGUGUCUACGGCAACGCCCAGAAGCAGCUCGGGGACUCCGCGUGGGCGCACGGCGCCUGCGGCCUCUUGGCCGGCUCGGUACAGAGCCUCGUCAGUAGUCCCGUGGAGCUCGCCAAGACCAGACUACAAGUGCAGGGUCAGGGCAGCUCCAGAGCGUACUCGGGCCCCCUGGACUGCCUGCGCCAACUGCUGCGCGCCGAGGGCUGCCGGGGCGUGUUCCGGGGCCUCGGCUCGACCGUGCUGCGAGACGCUCCGGCGUUCGGCGUCUACUUCGCCAGCUACGAGCAGCUGGUGCGUCGGGGCACCGGCGGGCCCGUCCACCUCAUGGCCGCGGGGGGACUCGCGGGAGUCCUCUCCUGGAUGGUGUCUUACCCGUGCGACGUGGUCAAGUCGAGGUUGCAGGUGGACGGCAUGACGGGACCACGCAGGUACUCCGGCUUCUGGGACUGCGCCGUCAAGAGCUACCGGAACGAAGGCGCUGGCGUCUUUACUCGCGGCCUCAACUCGACGCUGCUGCGCGCCUUUCCCACCAACGCGGCCAUCUUCACCGUCGUCACCUGGGUGUUCAGAGCCUUCGAUCCCAGCGCGGAAGCCGACCUCCACCCGCACCCACACCACCACCACCACCACCCGCCCGUCCACUUUGACCCCGAGCUGCAUCUUAGUAGGGUUGCCGUUCUCAUGGACUUUCACUUUUAGUCUUAGACGUAUACCACGACUGAGUGUAUACCAAUAUAAGUUGAUGGCUUAGUUUGUUAAACGUAACAAAAACAGCGCGAAAGGACAAAAGAAAAGUAGACGACUAGACAGGACAAGCACUACUUUCAGCUGACGUUUUCAUGAAAAGACAAGGUCCUGUCCUGUCCAGCCUUCUACUUUUCCUUCGUCUUUCGCGCUAACCGUUUUUGUGAGAUGAGUGCUCCGAUUGGGGGGGUCCAAUCCAAGACAAAGAGCCUAUACAGAUCACGAUAUCCCUGUGCAGGCCGAUGCAGGUUGCAAAGCUCCCCAAACCGAGAAAAAUCUAGAUCAUAAGGUCCUUGUGCAGGCAGUGGUCCAUAAACUAGAUUCUUAUUCCGUCGCAGGCGGCUCCACGUAUAAACACACUCGUGCAUUGUAGCACGUCAUAGAAGAUCUACUUCCCGAUAGAGUAUAAUAAUAAUAAUUUAACGAGGAUAUGGGGUGUAAACAGGCCCGGGGAUGCAAAUUGCCCGCGUACUAUCUCUCGGUCAAGGUGGUUUCGUUUUAUAGAGGGGCACAUCCUGUUUGUGAGAAAUGUCCGCUACUUUGGAAGAGCGCCCAUUCAUCGAGUUAGCCUCUAAUUUUGAUCCACCGAAGGAGUAUUUCUAACUCAAUCUUGAGAUCCCUGUGGUGUCUAAACUGGCUUACCAUGUCUGUCACGGGGGAGCAGAUGGGACAGUUGUUUUUAAACAUUCUAGUAGUCGAACUAUUUUGCGAUAAGUAAUGUUAAAGGAAGGGUUCUUCUAAAACGCCCAUCUAAAGCGGCGUAUGUGACUGACAUAUCCGAGUACCUUACACCAGCCGCGUACCUCACCAGUAACGGAAGCCGCAAUUUCUGCAACAGCCUCAAAGUACUAUGGAUGUGCCAACCACGGUACUUUAAGGCUGUUGCAGAAAUUGCGGAUAAGCAUAUUUAUUACUCCAAUACCACACUGCUAAGGCACUGAAGAUAAAGUUCCUUUCCAUUCACUAUUUUAAGCUUGUGAAAGUUUGGCGCCACUAGACUAUCCCUAAAAGCCUUUUCCCCAAUAAAACGGCGAAUACUUUUAAAGCGUGCGUUAAAAAAAAAUGUGCAGCACGUUUACGUGCACCAGAGUUGCACAUGACAUCAGUGAGACGGAAAGCUGCGCAACAAGCCUAUGCCUUGCUCUCAGUUUACACGAGUGCUUGUGGACAACAGAUAUACUG